AUGUAUUGUUUCUUGGCUAGUUACCUGAAGACGAUUCUCCUGGUAACCUUCGUCGGAGCUUUGGCAUGGGUUUAUCAAUCAAUCCAACCACCACGGCCGAAAAUCGCCGGCGUGACAUCGCCGAGGAUCAAAUUGAGAGACGGAAGACAUUUGGCUUACAAGGAAUUCGGAUUUCCUAGAGACGAAGCCAAAUUCAAGAUCAUAUAUAUCCACGGCUUCGAUUCUUGUAUGCGCGACUCACCUCUCACCUAUUUCUUAUCUCCGGCUCUCGUGGAGGAAUUGAGGAUAUACACUGUGUCUUUUGACCGUCCUGGUUAUGGAGAGAGUGAUCCUGACCCGAAUCGGUCACCGAGAAGCAUAGCAUUGGAUAUAGAAGAGCUUGCUGAUGGGUUAGGACUAGGACCUAAGUUUUAUGUCUUUGGUCACUCCAUGGGGGUGGAAUCACAUGGACAUGCCUUAAGUACAUUCCUCACAGCGGGAGCGGCGCUUAUAGCACCGGCGAUUAACUACUGGUGGAGAAACUUACCGGGAGACAUAACAAGAGAAGCUUUCUCUCUUAUGUUUCCUGCAGAUCAAUGGGCUCUUCGAGUAGCUCACUAUGCUCCUUGGCUUACAUAUUGGUGGAACACUCAGAGAUGGUUCCCAUUCUCCAAUGUGAUUGCUGGUAAUCCCAUAAUUUUCUCCCGGCAAGACAUGGAGGUCUUGUCUAAGCUUGGAUUUGCCAGACCAAAUCAGGCAUACACAAGACAACAAGGUGAAUACGAAAGCCUACACCGAGAUUUAAAUGUUGGAUUUUCAAGCUGGGAAUUUGAUCCGUUAGAUCUCCAAGAUCCAUUCCCGAAAAACAAUGGUUCGGUUCACCUUUGGCAUGGCGACGAAGAUAAGUUUGUGCCAGUGAAGCUUCAGCGUUAUAUCGCAUCAAAGCUUCCAUGGAUCCGUUACCAUGAAAUGUCUGGAUCAGGACAUUUGUUACCUCUUGUGGAAGGUAUGACUGAUAAGAUCAUCAAAUCACUUUUGGUUGGGGAAGAAGAGGUAAGUGAGAGUAUUGAAGCUUCUGCCUGA